CCGAAUCCAAGUCCCAUUAAGAUUUGAUUAAAUCUCCUUCUCUUUUUUGGGGAAUGAAAACUCUACCCCAAUAAAAAAACAACUCUCGACCCUCUGACGCCCUGUAUUCCCAAUUACAAUUCCCAAUUUUUUGACAGAACCCUUGCUUGGCCUUCUUCUAUCAUCGACAACUCAUUGAUGUACUUUAUGAAUUAAAUUUAUUUUUAUUAUUUAAUGAUUUUAUAUUUAUUUUUGUGAAUACCCUUGACAAAAUUUCUGGAUCCGCCACUGUCGGGUUCUCAGUAAAAUUUGAGAAUCUCCUAAUGGUUUCGAUUUUAGUCAAUUGAAAAUUGCUAAUAAUUCGAUAAGUCUUAGCGCAAUUAAAUGUUCGUUUUUGGUUUAUUAUGAUAAAAACUUUAUAAGCCUUUUAUCGGUAAAUCGAAAGCCGGUUAGCUCUUCAAGAUUUUCAUUUUGAUUUUAAUAAUUGACUAAUUAGGAUUUCGUUUUUUUUUUUUUUUACUGAUUUCGGUUCGGUUAACCAAGCCAAAGCCAAAUCAACCAACACCUUAAUAAUUAACCCAUUCCCAUUUCCCACUGAACCACCCAAAACAAUAAACAACAAACAAGCAAACCCGCAAAACGAAGAAACAGAGGAACCACACCACUCAAAAUCAAAAUCCCUCCACCACGCCAAACCAAACGACCAGCGCCACACUUUUCUUGAUUCCUCCCAACUCCCAGGUGUUUGGCAAGCCGUUGUAUGGCGGGGAACGGCGGAGGAGCUGCGGCGGCGAUUGUGGAUGAGAAGUUCUGUUACGGUGAGGAGACGAGCCUGACGGUGAGGAAAACGUCGGUUUUCUUUCCAGGGGAUGGGUUCCUGGUUUACGACCCGAACGGGGAGGUUCUGUUUCGGUUCGAUUCGUACGGGCCCGAGACCAAAGACGAGCUGGUUCUCAUGGACGCUUCCGGCAAGUGCCUCCUCACCCUCCGGCGCAAGAAGCCAAGUCUCCAUAACAGAUGGGAAGGCUUCCUCGGCGAGGUUGGAUCCAACCACGACGCCUUCUCCGCCGCCGACGGCGAGUCAACGGCGAUCGGCCCCAUCUUCACGGUGUUCAAGUCGAGCAUAAUCGGACAGUCCUCGCUGAUGGUAGAGCUCUACAACGAUUCGGGGGAAGAAUACCAAAUCGAAGGCUCCUACGUCCACCGAUCGUGCACCGUCUACUACUUCUCCGCCGCCGGCUCGACGACAAAGGAGCCCGUGGCGGAGAUCAAGCGCAAGGUGGACCCCACCACCGGCGUCACGCUCGGACGCGACGUGUUCUGGCUCUGCCUCAGGCCAGGGUUCGACGGCGCCUUCGCCAUGGGGCUGGUCCUCGUCCUCGACCAGAUGUCCGGCGACCGCGUCGCUGCCGUCGUUGAUGGUGGCGGCGAGAAGGAGGGUGGCGUUGAUGGUGGUGUGAGUGCGCUGCAGAUGAGUACGGUUGUUCCGGUAUCGGAUUAGUGGGGGGUGUGUCGCGGCAAGGAUUGCGAAACUGUACUGGAGGAGGUUAUACGCGGAAAAAAAAGAGUCGGGGCAGUGAAGUUUUUCGUAUUGAAACAGUGACUCGGAAAGUUUCGUACUGUGCUGAAAUUGCAUAUAUCGGUUUGGGUCCGAUAUUCGGUAUUUCCAGUUCAACUGGUCGAUACAGUAUAGGGUUUUCUCAAUCACUGUGUGUGUCAGACGUCUGUGUUACUUCUUUUGAGUUUUGACGGUUGUUGAAAAUUUCGAAUGUAGACAUUGAUGAGCGUGGAAUAUUGUUUUAAGUUUUUGUAUCGGUUUCUAUGAAACUGGAUCGUGCUUAUAUUAUUUUUUUCGUCGCUUAAUUUGUGGUCAAAUGAUUGUGAUGCAUAAAGAAUAAGUUGUGAAGUAUUCA